CUAUUACCAUCCACUGUUGUUUGCUUUCCUACAAAGUUCAUUUUAGACAGUCCCUUCCCUACCUCACGCCCCCAAUUUCAGUACCUUUGAUGCUCUGGUGCAGUUUUCAGAUGAAAGGAAGUCUCUAAUUAUUGUAUUUUCGAAUACUAACAUUGGCAUUUCAACAGCCUUUCAUUUUCUCAUGCAAUCAGCUACUGCUAUUCGCUGUAUGCUUCCUUUGUUGUCUUAUCCAUAUUGUAGUUAUUUUGUAGAAUCAAAUGUCUUCCUGAAACUAAUGUUUUUUCUUCUUCUUCUUCUUCCUCUUCCAGAUUUAUCCAUAUUCUGUCUCUUUUUGCAGGAACAAAUAUUCUCUGAAAAUGAUGCCUUUUUCGCAUUGACAUUUGAAAAACGGCGACCAUUAUGGCAAACACUUCUCUCAUUUGUCUGGCCUAUGUUGACCCUUGCGAUUUGCUUGUUUCCUGUAUAUCCACAUCGAUGCAAACUACCAAUACUCUACUCAAGUGCGGGACUUCUUGUACUUAUUCUCUCCUUGCUUUUACUGAGAGCUGCAAUAUUUGGUGCUGCAUGGAUCGUACUAGGAAAGCGUGUUUGGUUCUUCCCUAACAUCCUUGCCGAGGAAGUAACAUUGCGAGAACUAUUCUGUGUUUGGCCCAAAAAAGAUGAAGAGGAGCGACCAAAAUGGACAGCAAGACUGUUCUAUGCAAUUUUGGUCGUGUUGGUCAUACUUCUGCUGAGGCAUCAUGCUCCUGAUGAGGCUUCUAGAGCAAGGUCAGUUCCAAAUCUGCUCUUGGUCUUAAGAAUUUUGUAUUAUUGCUCGAUGAUAUUCUCAAAGAGAAACCGGCUUAUCAUCUAUAUAUAUAUUUUCUCUACGCUCGAUGUUCAAAAGAAAAUGUCGAACAUAAUCGGUGAUGUCCUUGAAUGGUCUCCGAGCCUGCUCUCUCCGGGAUGA